CAGUGCGUACCCGCCGUGCGUUCUUCAUGCGUCAAGGGAGCACCGUGCGUAACGGGAGAGUCGUGCGUAACUGGAGACAGAUUUCACUCCAUUUUGCGCUGGGAUUCUGAGUACCACUGGCGGCGUAACGCUCACUUGCAAGGACACUGAUCCGCUGGGUCGACAUAUUUCUCUUCUGAAACAUCGCUCAGCCUGUCUUUUCUCCCUCCCUCUCUUCUCUCUACGCCAGUUGUACGUCAGACAUGACGACCGAGACCCCUCAGCAGCAGCUGGACCCUCCGCCUCCUCUGAGAUCCAGCCCGGCGUCCGGCGUCCUUCACCCCGCCAUGCUGAGCCCACAAGCCGCCACAGAAAGCUCGUCCACCGCCGCCAAAGGGAAAAAGACGAGCUCCGGCUUGCGGCGGCCGGAGAAGCCGCCGUACUCCUACAUCGCUCUCAUCGUGAUGGCAAUUCAGAGCUCCCCCACCAAACGACUGACACUCAGUGAGAUCUACCAGUUUCUCCAGGCUCGCUUCCCAUUCUUCAGGGGCUCAUAUCAGGGCUGGAAGAACUCAGUCCGGCAUAAUCUUUCCCUCAACGAGUGCUUCAUCAAGCUGCCCAAAGGGCUGGGCAGGCCGGGGAAAGGCCACUACUGGACCAUCGAUCCGGGCAGUGAAUUCAUGUUCGAGGAGGGCUCGUUUCGUCGCAGACCCAGAGGCUUCAGAAGAAAAUGUCAAGCUCUGAAGCCCAUGUACCGGAUGAUGAACGGCAUAGGCUUCGGCACCUCCAUUCUCCCACAGAGCUUUGACUUCCAGGCUCCAUCCGCGACCCUCGCCUGUCACAGCAACGGCUACAACUUGGACAUGAUGAGCAAUUCCAUGGCCGGGGGGUACGACGGGCUCAGCGGCGGCCACCACGUACCCCACAUGUCCCCGAGCCCCGGCUCCACAUACAUGGCGAGCUGUCCCGUGCCGCCGAACGGGGAGUACGGACCGGACAGCAGCAGCAGCCCCGUACCGUCCUCUCCAGCCAUGGCCAGCGCGCUGGACGGCCACUCCCCGUACGCCAGUACGUCCGCACAUUGGGCGUCCUCCGGCGGGUCCCCGUACAUCAAGCAGCAGCCUCUAGCCUCCAGCAGCCCCGCGUCCUCUGGUUUACACUCCGGCAUGUCGCCUUACUCCCUGGAGCAGAGUUAUCUUCACCAGAACGGCAGGGACAGCCACUCCACCGACAUAUCAGUGGGGAUCCCACGCUACCAGAGCCACUCCUCGGUGUGCGACAGGAAAGAUUUUGUCUUGAACUUUAACGGCAUCUCCUCCUUCCACCCCUCGGCCGGGGGAUCCUACUACCACCACCACCACCACCACCACCCCCAGAGCGUGUGUCAGGACAUCAAGCCCUGCGUGAUGUGAGCGCUGCUGUCACUGUGGACUCCGGACCGGAGGCGAGGCGGCGACGGGCCACAGUGAAACUGCGGGUCCGUCACGUCAGAACAAAAAUAAAUAGAUGAA